UUCUUUUCUCAGCUUGACGUUCCCUUUCUCAAAGAGAACUGCCAAGCUUAAAAAGCCAUCCCAACCCCACCCUUAAAAAAAAAAAAAAGAAAAAAAUCAAAAAAUAAAUUAUUUAGAACCAAAAUAAAAAAAAAAAGAAAUCGAAAUUUCUAUCCUUUUAGUUUUAUUUCCGCUUUUAAUUGAAUUGUUUUUGUUUAAUUCCGUCGGCGUCCUCGUCUUUUUUUCACCGGGAAUUCAUCGGUAACGGUAAGCAUGCAGGCUAUUUCGCCACCCUCACCUAACAAUCUCAAGACUCUUGUCCGUACAACGACGACGACGACUCCUCGUCCGUUACUCCUCCGAGUCAGUCCCCCCCGACUUGUCGUCCAAUGUGCAUACCGAGCCGACUCCUCCUCCGUCAACUUUCCCAACGGCGUCGGAACCAGCCGAGCCGACUGGCAGAGCUCCUGUGCUAUUCUAGCUAGCAAGGUUGUUUCUCAGGAACAGCCGACAGAGAAGACUGGCGGAGCUGACCAUGUUGCUGCGGUCAACGGCCACAAGACCACCAUCGACCUCAAUCUCAUUCCCAUUCAGAAGGUGCCGGACAAUAAUAAGCCUCAUCAGCCGCCGAAGCCGCUCACUGUCACCGACUUGUCGCCGGCUCCGAUGCAUGGCUCUCAGCUCCGUGUGGCUUACCAGGGCGUUCCCGGUGCUUACUCCGAAGCUGCCGCCGGAAAAGCCUAUCCGAACUGCGAAGCUAUUCCUUGCGAUCAAUUCGAGGUAGCUUUCCAAGCUGUGGAGCUUUGGAUCGCAGACCGAGCCGUACUUCCGAUUGAGAACUCCCUCGGUGGAUCUAUUCACCGGAAUUACGACCUUCUUCUCCGGCACCGACUCCACAUCGUCGGCGAGGUUCAACUUCCCGUCCACCACUGCCUCCUCGCCUUGCCGGGAGUCCGGAAGGAGUACUUGACCCGAGUCAUUUCGCAUCCUCAAGCUCUGGCUCAGUGCGAACUCACUCUGACAAAACUCGGCCUGAACGUUGUUCGCGAAGCCGUCGACGAUACCGCCGGAGCGGCGGAAUUCGUGGCCGCCAACAACCUACGCGACACGGCUGCAAUUGCAAGCGCACGCGCCGCCAAUCUCUACGGGCUGAACAUCCUGGCGGACGGGAUCCAGGACGAUUCGAGCAACGUGACGCGGUUCGUGAUGCUGGCACGGGAACCGAUAAUUCCGAGGACGGACCGGCCGUUCAAGACGAGCAUCGUGUUCGCGCACGACAAGGGAACGUCGGUGCUGUUCAAGGUUCUGUCGGCGUUCGCGUUCAGGAACAUAAGCUUGACGAAGAUCGAGUCGAGGCCACACCGGAACCGUCCGAUCAGGCUCGUCGACGACGCAAAUGUGGGGACGGCGAAGCAUUUCGAGUACAUGUUCUACGUGGAUUUCGAGGCGUCCAUGGCUGAUGUUCGAGCUCAGAACGCUUUGGCGGAGGUUCAGGAAUUCACGUCGUUCUUGAGGGUGUUGGGAAGCUAUCCUAUGGACAUGACCCCUUGGUGCCCCUCUGGGGGAGAUUAGCAAAACCCAACCCUCCCACCUUUUUUUUUUUUUCAAGUUAUAAAAAAGAUGGAAAAAGAAAUUGUCUUUAUUAUUUUCUGAACACCUUGAGAAAAUUGUAAUUGGAAUUUUCUCGCUCACCUGUUUUUUUUUUUUUUUUUCUUUGUUAAUUUGGAAAUUUUUAAUUCUUGGUUGGAAAAAAAAAUGCUGAAAAAUCAUGGUUGGGUAUAUAUUAUGUGAAAUUGUAGUUGAAAAUGUCCAUGAAAAAGAAAAAAAGCUUUUUUUAUGGGGAA